UCCAGCGCCCAACGUACGGCUAACGUUAGCACCUGGAGCUGGGCUGGCACGAAAAAGUAAACAAAAAUUCCUCCUUCACAAGGAAAAUAUGACCGUUAUAGAUCCGCCCCCUCCUAAGCCAAGAACAUAUACCAGGCCUUCAAAUUCACUAAUCAUUAUUGCCAAUAGAUCACACUCAAUCCACCACCUUAAAAUCUCCAGAAUUUCAGCAAUGGCAGCAAACCCCUGACCCCAACUUUCACUUCUCACUUCUCUCUGCUCUCUUACCGUUUUUGUCUUUGCUUCUGUCGAAGAGUUUGAUCCAAGUAGCUGAGUUUUGGAGGUGGGUUUUUUAUGCGAAGUGAGGAAAUGGCGAAGAGGGUCGGAGAUGAGAUGAAAAACGAAGUCUUGCAGGUGGUGGAGAGACCGGGGAGGAAUCAAGAUUGUGAGAAUCAGAGUGUUGAAACGGAGUUGGAGACUGAGACCCAACAUCCUUACGCGUUUCAUGUUUCUGGGCCGAGAAAUGUUCCUUCUAUUAACUGGAGGGACCUCAUCAAUUCCACUUGGAAGGACGGAAAUUACAAAAGGACGGUAAUUGCCUGCUUUAUACAAGCAGUUUACUUGCUCGAACUCGACAGACAAGAAAACCGAACCAGCGAGAAUGCUCUGGCCCCUAAAUGGUGGAUACCAUUCAAGUACAAACUGGUUGAGACCCUGAUAGAUGAAAGAGAUGGAUCAGUAUUUGGGGCGAUACUAGAAUGGGAUCGAGCAGCUGCAUUGGCGGAUUUUGUGCUUAUGAGACCCAGUGGAGCGCCAAGGGCCGUUUUGGCGCUCAGAGGAACGCUGCUUAAGAGCCCAACAAUUAGACGGGACAUUGAGGAUGACUUACGUUUCCUAGCUUGGGAAAGUCUAAAAGGAUCAGUCAGAUUCAGUUGUGCAUUCAAGACUUUGAAAUCACUCUCUGAAAAGUACGGCAGCAGCAAUGUGUGCAUAGCCGGCCAUUCUUUAGGAGCUGGCUUUGCUCUCCAAGUUGGAAAAGCACUAGCCAAAGAAGGAAUAUUCGUGGAGGCACAUUUGUUCAAUCCACCCUCUGUUUCACUAGCUUCAAGUCUAAGAAACGUGGGGGAAAAAGCCGGGACGAUGUGGAAGAGGGUGAAAUCCAUGCUUCCAGCAUCAACCACAGAAUCUCAAACCAACAUCAAUGACAGAGCCAAAUCAACAACACUGGGAUCCAAACAGUGGGUACCUCAUUUGUACGUGAACAACAGCGACUACAUAUGCUGCUACUACACUGAUCCAGUCGGGACGGAGAACAACGAUGCUGAUAAGGAGAAUGCCAAACCAGCGACCAACACACCGUGUGCUGCCAAGCUCUUUGUUUUCUCAAAAGGGAAGCAAAAGUUUCUCGAGGCGCACGGUUUGGAGCAAUGGUGGUCGGAUGAAUUGGAACUGCAAAUGGCUCUGAACAAUAGUAAGUUGAUCGGCCGGCAGCUGAAGUCACUGUACAGCCUCCCGCCUCAAGAACAAUCGCCGGCCAAGUGUCGAUAACGUAAAGUUGGCUCUAGUCUUUUGUGUUUCAAAGAAUUGACUACUAAUACAGAUUCCUCAAAAGGAACAGGAAAUAGAAAGAAGGGGAAGCCCAUGCUGCUGUAUGAGGCUCUUGAUUUGUUCAUUUUUUCUAUGAAUUGUUGCUCUCUCUGUGUAUUGUGUCGCAUUGCGACAAUUUCUCAA